AUGGACAGGAACGAGAAGAGACCACUCCUCUCGCGGCAGAGGAGUCUAGAUGGAGAUUCGUACACCCAUAGUUCGAAAACUCGCCGGAUGGUGGCUUGCGCAGCAGUACUACUGACUGAAACGUUAGAGCGUGUAGCAUUCUACGGGUUCACUUCCAAUUUUGUACUAUUCCUGAACCAUGAACCGUUUUCCUGGCUCGCACAGAAUGCGGCCAGUACGUUGUUUUUCUUCUGGGGUAUACUAUACGUUAUGUCGGUUUUUUGCGGUUGGUUGGCCGACACAACUUUGGGUCGAUUUAAAACGAUCGUUCUUAGUUUACUUAUUUAUAUGGUAGGGAUAACGUUUUGGCCCGUACUUGGCUAUGCAAGUUUCCAGUGUAAAUAUAACAAUGACAGGAAAUUCCUCAUCGGACUUUGCGGGCAGCGUGACUGGAUAGAUGUAGACGGUUCGUGGACGAUGUUUGAAGAAUACUGUGCCUGGGUUGUCAUUUUUGCUUUGUUUAUCACUUCCGUCGGAGCAGGUUCUGUCAGAGCUAAUCUAGCACCCUUUGGGGCUGAUCAGGUGAAACACGAAGGCCCCGAAGUGACGAGAGCUUUCUUUAAUUGGUACUACUGGGCUAUUAACGUUGGUUCGUUAAUUGCCCUCGGCGUUGUAGCGUACAUACAACAGAACGUCAAUUUCUUCCUUGGGUUUUUACUCCCAGCAGGAGCCAUAGCUGUAGCGUUUAUAGUGUUCUUUCUCGGCAGAGUGUGCUACGUGGUGAAGAGGCCGGCCGGCAGUGUCUUGACGAAUACUUGUCGGAUUAUCUGUACUGCGUUCCGAAACAGAAAACGAAGACAGGAGUAUUUAAUUGAUCAUGAUUCCUAUGAUCUGAAUCCCUCGCCUUCGUUUCUUGACAUGGCAAAGAUACGCUAUGGCGGUUGUUUUCACGAGAGCAGCGUGGAGGAUGUGAAAGCAUUAAGUAAAGUUAUACCGGUGUUUAUUUCACUCAUUCCGUACUGGAUGGUGUACUUUCAGAUGCAAACUACAUUUUUGUUACAAGGUUUACAUAUGAGGGUAUCUGGUCCGAAUGAGAAUCUGACGACAACACCAUCGAACAUGUGUAGCAUUGAGCAUGAACACGAUUACCCAGACAGUGUUAUACAUUUUUCUAAAGAUUUCCAGUUUCCUGCAGCAUGGUUAACGCUGUUCGAUGUCGUACUUUUACUAAUACUGAUACCAGUUAUGGAUCGGGUAAUCUAUCCCUGCUUAGACAAACGUGGCUGCCAUUUAUCCAUGUUGAAGCGGAUUGCGAUCGGGAUGAUAUUUAGUGUACUUGCCAUGAUAUGUGCCGGAGGUCUAGAGAUCAUACGGAAGAAUUGUUGGGAGAAUGAUGACGAUUGCAAGUGGACUGAAGAGAUCAGUGGAACGGAAUACCAGGCGGCCAAGCUGUGGAUAUUUUGGCAGAUUCCCCAGUAUACGUUGAUUGGUAUUAGUGAGGUGUUUGCUAGCGUAGCAGGACUGGAGUUUGCUUAUUCCAACUCACCCAAGUCAAUGCAAGGUCUUAUAAUGGGACUCUUCUGUCUCUCCAGCGGCAUUGGCUCAUUCCUCGGCUCAGGACUACUUUUUUUGGUCUCGCUACCGAAGAUAAACUGGAUGAAAAAACUAGAUGGCGGCAACAUCAACCACAGUAACUUGGAAAAUUAUUUCUUUCUUCUUGGUGGAAUACAGUUUGUUACUUUAUUAUUUUUUGUGUUCUUAAGUCGAAGGUCCAACGAAAAGGAAAAAAGCGAUGAAAGGGAGAGAAGUGGAAGAAUAAACGAUUACUUAGGGGAGUCUAGCACCCCUAGGUCCUCACAAAGAGAGAGAUACAGUUCGUAUAAUAGUUGAACAAAUAUAUACUUUGUAGCAAGUAUUUCAAUAUUACACUUG